CUGACCUCCCACCGGAGGAGUGGCGUUAAUAGAAGGAUGGUCCAGCAAAUGGAGGCGACGGACGCGUGCCGAGCGCAGCCGCCUCACAAUGCCACACACAAACCUGCCCGAGCAGUGGAAGUAGACUUCUUUACCUUCAUACCACCGCAGGGGUGACAACAGGAGCCAAACACAGAGCCAAAGAUAAGAAUACAGCGGUAAGACAACAGCACCAGUGAUCUGCUGUGCUCAGCACAUUCAGCCAAGAGACUUAACUCACGCAACCUGAAAAGAUGAGCAACAAGAAGAUGGAGGACGAGGCGGUGCUGGACCGGGGGGCAUCAUUCGUCAAGCACCUGUGUGACGAGGAGGAGGUAGAGGGUCACCACACUAUUUACAUUGGUGUGCAUGUGCCCAAGAGCUAUCGACGACGGAGACGCCACCGUAGGAAAACCAGCCAGAAGGACAGAAAGGAGAAGCUGACGGAGACUGCUUCUGACAAGUCAGACACGGAAAACAACGAUGAGGCCAACAGCAUCCUCAAGCCUCUCAUCUCACCAGCAGCUGAGAGGAUUCGCUUUAUGCUUGGGGAGGACGAUGACGGCCCAGCACCUCCACAGCUCUUCACCGAGCUGGAUGAACUGUUGUCGGUGGAUGGACAGCAGAUGGAGUGGAAGGAGACAGCAAGGUGGAUCAAGUUUGAGGAGAAGGUGGAGAAAGGCGGUGAACGGUGGAGUAAACCCCACGUGGCAACGCUGUCCUUACACAGCCUGUUUGAACUGCGGACCUGCAUAGAAAAAGGCACCAUCAUGCUGGACAUGGAAGCCUCCAGUUUGACUCAGGUUGUUGAGAUGAUCACUGACAACCAGAUAGAGGUCGGCCAGCUCAAAGCAGACCUGAAGGACAAGGUGAUGUACACGUUGCUACGGAAACAUCACCACCAAACCAAGAAGUCUAACCUGCGCUCUCUGGCUGACAUUGGCAAGACGGUCUCCAGUGCAAGUAGGCUGUUUUACAACCAGGAAAAUGCUCGUAGUCCUCUUGAGAACUCGGUGACUUGCCUGUCGGGUCGCAGCUCGGUGGAGGACUUGCAGACCCAAAGGAGUACCAGCAUGGACUGGCUUAACAGCCCACCCAUGACUCACCAGAACCUGACCUCCAGCAGCCUGAACGACAUUUCCGAUAAGCCAGAAAAAGAUCAGCUGAAGAACAAGUUCAUGAAGAAGUUGCCGAGAGACGCCGAAGCCUCCAAUGUGCUGGUGGGGGAGGUGGAUUUCCUGGACGCACCAUUUGUGGCGUUUGUUCGCCUGCAGCAAGCUGUGAUGCUGGGAGCCUUAACGGAGGUUCCCGUUCCGACAAGAUUUUUGUUCAUCUUGCUCGGACCCAAAGGCAAAGGCAAGUCAUACCAUGAGAUUGGCAGAGCGAUUGCCACGCUGACGUCAGACGAGGUUUUCCAUGACAUUGCAUAUAAAGCCAAGGACAGACAAGACCUGCUGGCUGGAAUCGAUGAAUUUCUGGAUGAGGUGAUCGUGCUUCCUCCUGGAGAGUGGGACCCUGCCAUCAGGAUAGAGCCUCCAAAAACCCUGCCCUCCUCUGACAAAAGGAAGAACAUGUACGCAGGAGGGGACUCUCAGAUGAAUGGGGACACGCCUCAUGAUGGAGGUCAUGGUGGAGGAGGACAUGCUGUGGGAGACGAGCUGAAGAAGACUGGAAGGUUCUGUGGAGGUCUCGUAGUUGACAUCAAAAGAAAAGCGCCUUUCUUUGCCAGUGACUUCACCGAUGGACUUCACAUCCAGGCCCUGUCGACCAUUUUGUUUAUUUACCUGGGAACUGUGACAAACGCCAUCACCUUUGGAGGUUUGCUGGGGGAUGCUACAGAAAACAUGCAGGGUGUGUUGGAGAGCUUUCUGGGCACAGCGAUCACCGGUGGGGUUUUCUGCCUGCUGGGCGGCCAGCCUCUCAUCAUCCUCAGCAGUACCGGUCCUGUUCUGGUGUUUGAACGGCUGCUCUUCAACUUCAGCAGAGAUAAUAACUUUGACUACCUGGAGUUCCGGCUGUGGAUCGGCCUGUGGUCUGCGUUUUUCUGCCUGGUGCUCGUGGCCACUGAUGCCAGCUUCUUGGUUCAGUACUUCACCCGCUUCACUGAGGAGGGCUUCUCCUGUCUCAUCAGCUUCAUCUUCAUCUAUGAUGCCUUCAAGAAGAUGUUUAAAUUAGCUCAUCACUACCCCAUCAACUCGGACUUUAAGAUGGACUACAUCACACAAUAUGAUUGCCUCUGUAUGGCCCCUGCUGUUUUAGAGAAUGGCACUGCUGUCAUUGAUGAUCCUUUAGAAGGUAUUUCCCUCUGGAACGACACUGAUCUGCCAAUGAAUGCCACAUGGUCGUCGCUCACAAUGACCGAGUGCUUGAAGUACAAAGGAGAGCUGGUGGGGAAGGCCUGCAACUUCGUCCCUGACAUCACUCUCAUGUCCUACAUCCUGUUCUUCGGCACUUACACCUGCUCCAUGUGUCUGAAGAAGUUCAAGACCAGCGCAUACUUCCCCACCACUGUGAGAAAACUCAUCAGUGACUUUGCCAUCAUCCUGGCCAUCUUCAUCUUCUGUGGAGUUGAUAUGCUCGUAGGAGUCGAAACUCCUAAACUCAUUGUGCCAAGUGAAUUCAAGCCAACAAGUCCUCACCGGGGCUGGUUUGUGCCCCCGUUUGGAGGAAACCCUUGGUGGGUUUACAUGGCUGCAGCUCUUCCUGCCCUGCUGGUCACCAUACUUGUCUUCAUGGACCAGCAGAUUACUGCCGUGAUCGUCAACCGGAAGGAGCACAAGCUGAAGAAAGGGGGAGGUUACCAUCUAGAUCUGUUCUGGGUGGCUGUUCUGCUGGUGGUUUGCUCCUUCAUGGGUCUGCCGUGGUACGUGGCCGCUACAGUUAUCUCCAUCGCUCACAUCGACAGCCUGAAGAUGGAAACAGAGACAUCAGCUCCUGGAGAGCAACCCAAGUUCCUGGGUGUGAGAGAGCAGAGGGUCACUGGUGUGUUGGUUUUCAUCUUGACAGGACUGUCUGUAUUUAUGUCUCCUAUUUUAAAGUUCAUCCCCAUGCCUGUACUGUAUGGAGUUUUCCUCUACAUGGGAGUUGCCUCUCUAAAUGGUGUGCAGUUUAUGGACCGUCUCGUGCUGCUUCUCAUGCCAGCGAAACACCAGCCAGACCUGGUUUACCUGCGACACGUUCCCCUCAGGAAGGUGCACCUCUUCACCUUCAUUCAGGUGCUCUGCUUGGCUCUGCUCUGGAUCCUCAAAUCCACAGUGGCUGCCAUCAUAUUCCCUGUCAUGAUCCUCGCUCUGGUUGCUGUCAGAAAAGUGAUGGACUACAUGUUCUCCCAGCAUGACCUCAGCUUCCUGGACGACAUCAUCCCAGAGAAGGACAAGAAGAAGAAAGAGGAUGAGAAGAAGAAGAACAAACAGGCCAGCUUAGAUAGCGAAGCUGAAGACUCUGACUGUCCUUACAGUGAGAAUGUUGCCAGCAUUAAAAUCCCCAUGGACAUAAUGGAACAGGAGCCCUUCUUAGGUGAUAAGGCCUCCGACAGUGAGAAGUCUCCAUCAUUCCUUGAACGGCACACAUCCUGCUGAGCAGCUUCGCUACUACCAGGCCAACUACUUGUCCAGCCCUGAGAUGAGUCCGCUGAAGUCUGUGCCUCAGAUUAGAAUAGACAUAAGCCCAGACGAUAAUUCGUUCUACUGGAAGAGCAGAG